AAACUAUAAAAACCCUGCCCUUAUCGAAGCCCUGCUCUGAGCGCCCAAAGGCGACAAUGGCGCUUCAAUCAGCAUUUCGCGAACGACUGGAUCAAAUGGAACACACUCGCAACCAACGCCUCUCCCUCCUCCAGUCGGAAAAGGAGCUCCAAAUUAACAAGUCAGCAGUAUUAGAAUCGAAGGCGUGCAAUAUCAGAUUACUGGAGCAGCGAUGUUUGAAGCUCGAUUGUAAAAUUGCGUCGCAACACCUGAUGUUGUCCUCUCACAGAUCCGAACUCCACCGCCUCGAUUCUGUCUAUUCCGAGAUUUUCCAGAAAUUGAGAACUCUAAAGAAUGAGGUGGAAGAACUCAAUGAGAUGGAGAAAGAAAAAGAAAGUUAUUAUGAAUCUCAAAAACAAGAAAUGGAGAACUUCAGGGCACAAGCCGUGAAUCAUAUGGAUAUUAGUCAAGUACAAGUGGAGGAACUGAAAACUCGAGCUAAUGAACUGAAGUUAAGCUUCCUAAAACUUCAAAACAGCCUAAACUAUUCGGACAGUUCUGAGAUAUCAGCGGCGGACAGGAAAAAAUCAGAACUUUUAGUUCAGAAAGAAAGCUUGGAUAAGAUUUUGGCUUCAAAUUAUCAAGUACGAGAGCAGUUAAAAAAGCAGCUGCACACAAUAUUAUCUGAACAUGAUAGGGAGAGAAGGAAAUGACCGUACUCAGUUUCAAUCCGCAAAAUCGGUUAUGCUUUCAUACUAAGGAACAUUGUACUGAGGAGCAGCUGGACAGUGGCAGAAGGUGGUCCCAUUUCACUGUCAACACUGGCAAGGAAUUCAAUAGCUAAUGUAAGUAGCUUAAAGGUAAAACCAUGCAAUUCUGAAAGUUGCAACACUCAUGGUUCCGUCACUAAAUUCUGAUGUUCUUUCUCUCGUCCUAGUCAUCUUUGUGAUUUUUUUUCUUUUGUUUUCUGACAAUCGUCCCAUUGCUCUUUCAGUUGAAAUGAUUCAUGGUAGGGACCAUAAUUAGGACAGCGCUAAUCCAUUGUAUGGUUUGUACCAUUAAAGAUAAACAUAAAUAUGUGACUGGUUUGCUAACUUAAUUAUCUUGCUCCAUCGAGCAUGAUAGGAUCUCAUGAGAAUGCUGUUGGUUACCUUGCGUAAUCAUACACCAUAAAGCAUGGGUUUCUUGUGAGAUAAUGCCUGAAUUGGUGCUGCAUCACAGCAUGGCUUCUAAUAGUGUUAUCUCUUUCAAUUUGCCAUGUUAGGAAUCCGAGAACGUGACUUAACUUUCACGUUAACAAUGUACAGCAUACCGGGUCCAUUUGUUUUUGAGGGGAGCGUUGUAACUGAUUUAAAGAUUAGUUCAAGUACUUACAUAGAUAAUUAUGCAGUUGUUGUCCUGAGGCAGCAUCCAUAAGUUUGAUGUUUCUUUCCCUCCACAUGUUAAAAUGUUGGUAAUUAAGAGCUGCAAAAUCAGUUGUUCUUGAGACCCACAGUCAGAUGUAGACAAUGACAAUCUAGUGUAUUAGAAGUGGACCACACUUUUAAAGGCAAAAUUAGUUAGCGUUUCUUUUUUUGGUUGGCAACUGUACUAGUGUACCGUAUGGAAAGUGUAAAAAUUCUUCUGUUUCUGCUAAAAAGUUCUGAAACUUUGAGAUUUGAUUCAGAUGGACAGUAGUUACAUUUCCAUGUUUCCAAGGUUUUAGGUAGUUGAGAAGUGAGAUCCAUGAUGAGUGAAGAAGAUCUGAGCAAAGAUUAUACUGACUGUACUGGAAGGAUGAAAUCGAUUGGGCAAUCAUAUGAACUUA